UUGGUGAGCCAAUCAGCGGCGUCCUGUGUCACUAUGGCGACGGGGAAAACCGCCCAAAUUGUGCCGUGACGUGUGAGCGGCCCAUGUGUAGCGGGACUGGCUGGUUGUCAACAGUGUGCUCAGCGGCCAGAGGUCCAGGUGCAGAAGUAAAAGAGCCUCACAGAAGAGAUGUCCUCCUCCACGCCUCCGUCUGUCCUCCUCAAUACCGGGGUUCAGAUGCCCCUCCUGGGUCUGGGGACAUAUAAGUUGUUGGAUCCAGAAGGUGUCUACCGGGCUGUGGAUGCAGCGCUGGCUGCUGGUUAUCGGGCCUUUGACAGUGCAGCCGUCUACAGGAAUGAAGCUGACUUGGGCCGAGCGCUGAAGGAGCUCCUGCCCAAACAUGGCUUAACCCGAGAGGAUGUGUUCAUAACCAGUAAGCUGGGCCCUAAGGAUCAGGGGGAGAGGGCCAUGGAGGGAGCCCUCCACAGCCUGGCUCAGCUGGACCUGGCUUACAUUGACCUCUACCUGAUCCACUGGCCUGGCACACGGGAUCUGGAUGUGUCUGACCAACGCAACCCAAACAACAGAGCUCAGAGUUGGGCUGCACUGGAGGAGCUGCAUGCUGAGGGGAAGCUGAAGGCCAUCGGAGUGUCCAACUACACACCAGCACACAUGAGAGAGCUGAUGCAGAGCUGCAGAAUCCCUCCUGCAGUGUUACAGGUGGAGUUUCAUCCUCGGUUUUGCCAGUCAGAGCUGAGGAGAGUGUGUGAGGAGUAUGGAGUGUGUUUUCAAGCGUACUCCUCAUUAGGGAAAGGAGAGCUGGUCUCUGACCCUGUGGUCAUGGAGGUGGCAAAGACUUGUGAAUGCACACCUGCACAGGUGUUGCUGCGCUGGGCUGUGCAGCAGGGCGUCCCGGUGCUCCCCAAGUCCUCAAAUCCAGACAGAAUAAAGGACAACUCCAGGAUUUUUGACUUCACACUCAGUAAAACAGACAUGGACAGACUUUCAGCUUUGGACUGUGGGCAGAAGUUCUGCAGGGGUGCAUCAGCUGUGGUUUGAUGGUCCACUAGUAGAGCAGACGUUGGCUUCCAUGAUGCCUCUUUAAAGCUGCUCUGCCUGGCAGUAAUACAGUGGUGGUGCACCAAUGUAAGAACAAGUGUGAGACAGAAGUUUAGACACAGGCAGCGCAGUAAAUUGAGUUAUUCUGGGUUGCCAGCAGAGUUGACAUGAAUGCACUGAACUAAUGUAAUGAGGAUUAGGUGAAUAUAUGGUGGAGUAUUUGGUGUGCAUGUAACAUUUUGAACAAAGUAAUAGUAUUCUAGCAUUGCCAAAUUUGCAUUGAAUAAUUAUUACAUUUAAAAAAGUAUCAUCUGUACAGGAGAGUUGUAAAGAAAUAAACAGAACUUACAUAAUAAAUUAUUCAGGCCGGCA